GCCGCGGGCCUCCCGGAGCGCAGGCCCCGCCCCGCCCGCCGCCCCGGCCCAGGUCGCACGCCGCUCGCUCCUCGCAGCCACCAUGGUGCAGGCCUGGUACAUGGACGCCUCCGCCGACGACCCCCGCCGGCCCCACCGCGCCGAGCCCGCCCGCCCGGUCGGCCUGGAGCAGCUGCGCCGGCUCGGGGUCCUGUACUGGAAGUUGGACGCUGACAAGUACGAGAACGACCCAGAGCUGGAGAAGAUCCGGAAGGAGCGAAACUACUCCUGGAUGGACAUCGUCACCAUCAGCAGAGAGAAGCUGCCCGACUACGAGGAGAAGAUCAAAAUGUUCUACACGGAGCACCUGCACCUGGACGAGGAGAUCCGCUAUGUCUUGGACGGCAGCGGGUACUUCGACGUGAGGGACGCGGAGGACAGGUGGAUCCGCAUCGCCGUGGAGAAGGGAGACAUGAUCACCCUCCCCGCGGGGAUCUAUCACCGCUUCACGCUGGACGAGCAGAACUACGUGAAGGCCAUGCGGCUGUUCGUGGGAGAACCCGUGUGGACCCCACACAACCGGCCAGCGGACCACGUGGAGGCGCGGGGGCAGUACAUGGCGUUCCUGGCGCAGAGGGCAUAGUGGUGCUGAGCCAGCACACCCCUGGCCCGGACGGUCCUGGCGUGACAGCGGCAGGAAACCUACCGUGUCUUCCUCACUUUUCUGUCCCUCUGGGAGGUUGUCUGAUCAGUCUGUUUUAGUGGAAGGAGCCGUAGCCUGAUCUGAUUUUUACGUAGAAGCCACUGUGGGCAGCCUCAUCUCCACCCCCGUGGCCCUGUGCCGGCACCGGCGCUGCACUCGAGCCGCGUGUGCCGUGUCCCUGCCGGGCCGCCCCGCUGGGACCUGAUGCCUUGCCAUCAAGGCCACGCCGCCUGUGCGCAGGUGUAAGCAGGUGACAGGACUCUUUUCCCACCGCCAGGGGCGUGGGGAGCAGCCCUCACGUUAGGGGGACUCACCCACUUUCUUGUUGAAAACAAAGCAGCUGCCUUGCCUGGCCAGUAGCUCAGCUGGUUAGAGCACCGUCCCAAUGCACCGAGGCUGUGGGUUCAGACAAGACGGCGCCAACGAGCUCAUAAAUAAGUGGACCAGCCAAUGGGUCUCUCUCAUCAAUAAACUUUAGAAAUAAGUAA